CGUCACCAAACCGGAAGUAAGAUCAUCGCUCUCUGCGGCGGCUGCGGAAGGCUCGCGGACCCAAACAACUCUUCUUCCCUCUCCUCUUCCUCCUCUUUUUCUCCUCUUAUUCCUCCUCCUCCUCCUCCUCGCGGACCAUGGACGGGUGAGCGCAACCGCACGUUUCCAUGGCGACUGAACCGCACCUGCGCGAUCCUUUCACCUGAGCCGCCUCUUCUUUGUUGUUGUUGUUGUUGUCGUUGUUGUUGUUUACUUGAUUCAAACUCCCUCCCGACUCUCCACGCGCUGCUCACUCCGGGAUCUUUUUUUCUGGUUUGUUUUGGUGUCGCGAGGAAAAAGGGGACGAUUCCCCCGCGAGGUUUUAGUGGCUGAAAUCCCGCGAUAACUGAGUGUGUGGAUGAAGAUUUAAAUGUUGUGAGUACUUAAAAUUCUCAGAUGUGACCUCAGGUCACGUGUCUGUUUAAUUAACUAAAUAGUAUACAAUGUUAAAAGGUUAUUAUGUCAAUGUGAUUACAUGGAUAAUUCCUAAAUCAAUUAUUUGUUAAUUGCAACCGUAUCGAUCACUGAAGAUUUUUUACCAGAACAUCAGCAAAUAAACUUUGAGGAAGACGAGCAGGAGAUGAUGAUGAUGAUGAUGAUGAUGAUGUGUAUUUGAAUCAUUCAUUGCAUCUUUUACGUUAUCUGGGGAGGAGCCUCCUCUGUCUCUGAAGGUCCCUUUAUUCUCCCCAUCUUUGGGGAGUUCUUGCUGUGCCGGUGUGAGGGAUUCUGGACAGAGGAGGUCACAUGACUGUAACGCCCUGUGUGUAAACAUGGCAGUAAACUGACAGCGCAAAGUCCAACAACGUUUCGCACAAGUUAAUGUUAAAUACGUAAGUGUUGGUAAAAUGUAAGUGCCUCAUUUCUCUAAUCAAUCAGGUCAUAUUUCUUUAAAUGUGCCUGCUGGCAGGAGGCUUCAUGGAUGCAUCUUCAUCCAAUGAGAAUAAUGACCUCAACUCUCUGAUUGAUUCCAGAUGUUCUCUGCAUCACAACAUGGACACACAUGGACACUGUGAGAGACAGUCUGUGGGACACUGUGAGAGACACUGAGACACUGUGAGGGACAGUGAUGCUCGGCUGCAGCGUGUGGUGUCCAUCACGUAACGUUUGGGCUCCAGAAGGUCUUCUUGAAUCAGGCUUCACUUCCUCCCUCUGCUGCGCUGAGAACAUGAGCCGCUCCGGUCCGUCCACAGCGGAUGGCCCUGAUAGGCUGAGUAUUGCUGAGCGCGCUCAGUCCGUCCCGUCUCCGGUCCUGCACCUGCGUCAGCUUCCUGUUGACGUCUCUGAACAGGAAGUGAUCGCUCUCGCGCUUCCGUUCGGCCAAGUCAUUAAGCUGAUAACGCUGAAGGCCAAAAAGCAGGCGUUUUUAGAAAUGGCGUCCGAGGAGGCGGCUGUUACCAUGGUGAACUACUACACCUCGGCUCCUCCCACGAUCAGGAACCAACCAAUCUUCAUCCAGUACUCCACCCAUCGUCAGCUCAAGACCGACAAUCUGACCAAUCACAGAGCGGCUCUGCAGGCCAGCAGUGCAGCAGCAGUGCAUUCUGGGAACAUGGCGUCAGGUGUAGAGGGGCGGGGCCUAGCUCAAGGUCAAAGUUCCGUCCUGAGAAUCAUCGUGGAGAAUUUAUUUUACCCGGUGACCCUGGAGGUCCUGCAGCAGAUCUUCAGUAAGUUCGGCUCGGUGUUGAAGAUCAUCACGUUCACCAGAAAUAAUCAGUUUCAGGCUCUGCUGCAGUUCAGCGACAUCGUGCACGCUCACCACGCCAGGGCUUCUCUGGAUGGUCAGAACAUCUACAACGGCUGCUGCACGCUGAGGAUCGACUUCUCCAAGCUGAGCACGCUCAACGUCAAGUACAACAACGACAAGAGCCGAGACUUCACCAGAGCCGACCUCCCGUCCGGAGAGAUGGACCCCGCCGCCGCCUUCGGUGGAGCUCUUCCUCCAUACGGAGCAGCAGCUUUCCAGCCGACCUUCCACCAACACACAGGUGUGUCCAUGGCGCUGGUCCCCGGGCCCUUGGUUUCUCCUCCUCGUGUCUCCCUGCAGGUGGCGCCUCCUGCUGGCCACUCGGUGCUGCUGGUGUCCAAUCUGAACCCAGAGAGCGCCUCGCCUCACUGCCUCUUCAUCCUGUUUGGUGUUUAUGGGGACGUUCAGAGGGUUAAAAUCCUCUUCAACAAGAAGGAAAACGCUUUGGUUCAGAUGAGCGACGCCACUCAGGCUCAACUCGCGAUGAGUCAUCUAAACGGACAUCGUCUCCACGGCAACGUGAUCCGGGUGAUGCCGUCCAAACACCCAGUGGUGCAGCUGCCCCGCGGGGGGGCGGGGCCAGACGAGCAGCCGCUCACCUGGGACUACUCAGGCUCCGCCCUCCACCGCUUCAAAAAGCCCGGAUCCAAAAACUUCAACAACAUCUUCCCUCCAUCGGCGACGCUCCACCUCUCCAACAUCCCGUCUUCGGUCAGUGAGGAGCUGCUGAAGGAUUUGUUCUCCUCUGCUGGGGUCACGGUUAAAGCCUUCAAGUUCUUCCAGAAGGACAGGAAGAUGGCUCUGAUGCAGCUGGCGUCUGUGGAGGAAGCCAUCGAGGCUCUGAUCGCUCUGCAUGACCACCAGCUGGACCACAACCAGCACCUCCGGGUCUCCUUUUCCAAGUCCACCAUCUGACCUUUAACCUCCGGGUCUCCUUUUCCAAGUCCACCAUCUGACCUUUAACCUCCGGGUCUCCUUCUCCAAGUCCACCAUCUGACCUUUAACCUCCGGGUCUCCUUCUCCAAGUCCACCAUCUGACCUUUAACCUCCGGGUCUCCUUCUCCCAGUCCACCAUCUGACCUUUAACCUCUGGGUCUCCUUCUCUAAGUCCACCAUCUGACCUUUAACCUCCGGGUCUCCUUCUCCAAGUCCACCAUCUGACCUUUAACCUCAGAUUCUGUUGACUGACUCCGCCCCUUUCUUCUGACCCUUUGAGCUGGGCUUCUGAUUGGCUCAGGGUGAAAACAAACGGACCAAUGGGAGCUUUCUGUGCCUACAAACACUCUGACAUCACAGUGACGGAUGAUGUCACAAAACAGGGGAGUGGUUACCGAGGUUACGCAGCACAUUCCUGAGCAGACUGAUCGGCCAGUAGCAAGGCAUUGUGGGUAAGAGAGUCCAUUAAGCCAAUAAAGUCAGCUGAAUGUUUUUUUGUCUGAAUGUUAAAAAGAAAAAGUUGAUUUUAUUGUUUGAAAAGUGAACUUCUGGUUCGUCUGAAGUCGUUUGUGCCUUAUUUCCACUUCGAUUCUGCUGGUUGUUUGUCAUGAUUUAAGUUUCGUGGUUCUUUGGAAUCGUUUUGUUUUUAAACAGUAAAACGUGACCUAGUGAUGCUUUCGAUGCUCCAUGUCGUACCUGCGUGUGUGUAUUUAUACAUCUGUGUGUGUGUAACAAGCUGAGCUGUGAUUGGUUGAUUUUCAAGUUUCUCUUUUUUUCUAUUAAAAACAUUUAAAUCAAUUCCAGCUCCUGUUUUUUAAAUCUUCCGUUAAUUACAAUUUUUGGUGUUGAUUUUAUUCUACAAACAGGAAAUAAGCCACAAAAAAACAGGAAGCUGCUGUUUCCCUGUCGGCCUUCUGACCUUUGACCUUUGCCCGGAGUUCAAUUAUAAGAACUAUAAUAAUAAUACUCUGCUUAGCUAUAAAAUGACAACAAAUUAAGUUAUAUUUAAGUCUUACACUUUUUGUUUGGUAUUUUGUUUUUAUUUGUAUAUAAUUGUUCUUUCUGAAUUGUUACGUAAUCGUUUUUCAACAGCUGACAAAAGUCACGUUUAAGAAACCUUUCAAAAUCAUUUUUAAACUU